UGUAUCACAUUCAGUGUUCAGGCUGUGUUGUGUUUACGUGUGCACGGUGCGUCAGGCAGUCUGUGCGGCGGCCUCCUCUCACCGGGCACACGGCGCUGCCAUAUUUGCCACCAAGUAACAUUCCUGGCACAAACAGCUGAAGUUAGCAGUUGACAUGAUCAACAGCCUGUUUCUGAUUAAUCACUCGGGAGACAUCUUCCUGGAGAAACACUGGAAGAGUGUCAUCAGCCGGAGUGUGUGCGAUUACUUCUUCGAGGCGAAGGAGAAGGCCGUGGAGCCGGAGAAUGUGCCCCCCGUGCUGCAGACCCCGCACCACUAUCUUAUCAGCAUAUACAGGGACAAGCUCUUCUUCCUGUCCGUCAUCCAGACUGAAGUCCCUCCACUGUUUGUCAUUGAAUUCCUGCACAGAGUGGCAGAGAUGUUUCAGGACUACUUUGGAGAAUGCUCAGAAAUGGUCAUCAAGGACAAUGUGGUGAUUGUGUACGAGCUGUUGGAGGAGAUGCUAGAUAACGGCUUUCCACUGGCAACAGAGUCCAAUGUUCUCAAAGAGAUGAUCAGACCUCCCACCAUCCUCCGAUCAGUCGUCAAUACCCUCACAGGUAGUAGCAAUGUUGGAGAAACACUACCAACGGGUCAGUUGUCCACAAUCCCAUGGAGGCGGGCCGGCGUUAAAUACACCAAUAAUGAGGCGUAUUUUGAUGUGAUAGAGGAAAUAGAUGCCAUUCUGGACAAAUCAGGGACGACAGUAUUUGCAGAGAUCCAGGGUGUAAUCGAAGCCUGCGUCAAACUCUCUGGGAUGCCUGACUUAACUCUGUCCUUCAUGAAUCCUCGUCUUCUUGACGAUGUGAGUUUCCACCCGUGUGUGCGGUUCAAGCGCUGGGAGUCAGAGCGCGUCCUCUCUUUCAUCCCUCCAGAUGGAAACUUCACACUCAUGACCUAUCAUGUCAGCGCCCAAAAUCUUGUGGCCAUCCCCGUGUAUGUGAAGCAGAACAUCAGUUUCUUUGAGAGUGGAUCUUGUGGUCGCCUGGAUCUCACGGUUGGACCCAAACAGACGAUGGGGAAGACGGUGGAGGGCAUGAUGAUCACCGUCCACAUGCCUAAAGCUGUGCUCAGUGCCAACCUCACAGCCACGCAGGGAACCUACACGUACGACCUCGCUACCAAGGUGCUGGUGUGGGACAUUGGGAAACUGAACCCCCAGAAGCUCCCUAACCUGCGAGGCAGCCUGAGUCUGCAGUCAGGAGCCCCCAAACCUGAGGAGAACCCCUCGCUCAACAUUGACCUGAAAAUACAGCAGCUGGCCAUAUCAGGACUAAAGGUGAACCGUCUUGACAUGUAUGGAGAAAAGUAUAAACCUUUCAAAGGGGUCAAAUAUGUGACUAAAGCGGGGAAAUUCCAAGUGCGGACAUGAACGACUGUGACAGGCCAAAGGUCAACAAUCCAAUGUGCCAAAUAAGGGGGCAGAGUCAUCGGCCCUUCAGUGUCAAUUCAAUAAGCCUUUCAUAUCCUCCACCUCACUGUUAUUAAUGAAAGAUUUUGCAUUGUCUAACGGUUACUUAUUUAUUAUGUGUAUAGCAUUAGACAUGACUGGACGGUAUUUCUGGCCUGUAAAGGGAAGCCUUAAUAAUCAAUAUGUGAACUUAAUGAAGCGCUAUCAGUUUAUAUUGAGUUUUAAUGUGCCGCAUUGUAUAGAUCAUUCCUCCUUGUUUUGGACAAUAUGUUUGUAAUUUUUCUUUGCUUUGCUUUUCUUCAAACACCAGAGUGUUGUCAGAGGGGGAAUAUCAAAAUAUCACGGCCUCAAAAGGGACACUCACGCUCGCUCGCUGCCUGCACUAUCAGCAAGCACACCAACACACCUUCUUGCACCUCACUACGCAAGCACGCCUGUAAAAUCUCAACUCACAUCUCGCUCUAGCGCGACCAGCCUUAGAAGUGUGUUUUUUGCAAACUUUUCUACAUAUCGUGGCAUAACGUAGCCCGUUUUAUACAUAUGAAGUUUAUUUUUGAAGAAUUUGAUGUCUUAAGUAUUUUCUGAGUAGCUGCAGCCACUGUCUUCAAUGCAGGUAUUUUUGCACACUUAAAGUUUAAUGUGGCCUUGAGGAUUGUCAGGUACGUCAAAGUGCCAUAUACAGACACUACUCAUCACAGUGGAGGGAAGUAUCUAUCUAUCGGACACAUAUUAGAGACCCUAAGCCAGUUUGUCCCUAAAAGGAUAUAUCUGCACACUCUAGGUUAGAGUUGUGCAAAAAGAAUGCAUGCAGAAAAUCCCAAGGUCCUCACUUAAUCUGGAAUGCAACCUCUACUCAGCACAGCAUUUGCACAAUCACUUGUCCAUGUGGGAAAAGUUUAACUACUUAAAGCUCCUGUUUCAAGUUGAACCUGUAUUUCAGCAUAUUAGAGAUCUUAUAAAGCUUUAAAAUGA